AUGGCCUUGGACCUGGAGAGACAUACCUGCCAUUUUUGGAGGGACUUCCAAAGUCUUUCUCUUGAAGAGCUAAAGUAUUUCAACUAUAACCAGUUAGGAGGCUUGGAUGGAGAAGUCAAACAUCUGUCACUCGAUAUCCACGUCUUCCAGUUACUCAAGAAACACCAGCACGCUAUCCAGUUCUCCGUCAUUGACCAAGGAAGCAUCGCCGAAAUUAUUACGAGCUCCAAUUUACGCGCAUAUAUCCACACUGGAUACCUGUCUUCUCAUUUUAGUCCAGUUUCUUCAGUCACUCCUGGCUACGAACACGAGUUGGCCGAUAUAUCACCACCACCUUCUUCCUCCCCGAUUGCCUACCCAGAACUUCCUCCUCGCGAAGACGAAAAUGAGGAGGCGACCUGUCAUUACCCUUCGGGCUCUUGCAGAUACCCCCUAGGUUCCCCUACUCGUGCUGAAGCGGAGCCUGCGAAUGUUACAGACUGCUCAAGAAUGAAACGUCGACUGCUCAGCAACACUCCAGAAAACACGCCGUUUUUUCAAUUUACCUCUGAGGCUCAUUCUGCCAGACUCCAGUUGGAGAAGAAGUCCAUGGUCAAGUCCUCAAUUCCUUUGUUGACUGGCCUUGCGCGCCACGGCAGAAUGUGUUCUGAGCGGCGUUCGAAUUCUUAUCAUACCAUGGUAUAUCCAUCGAUUCGGCUAAGAACCAACAAAACCUUGAGCACAGCAAAGUCACUACCGAUACCCCGAUCGAUCGUAAGCGACUCGAGCGAAGGAUAUUUUAACAACCGCGGAACUCUUCCACUUGAGGACCUAGGAGAAUGUACGGAGCAGGAACCUCCAACAAAGAAAGUUAGGAUCUGUCGUCUAGCCAGUGAUCGUCCUGAUCUACCCGAGAUACGGACACAUUUUUUGGCCAAGGAACCAGCCAGUCUACGCAGAGCCCAGUCUCUUGUUUCACAAACUUCUACUGAUAGGGACGACGAGGACGUAGUCAAGCUUUUGGACGGGCCGAACCCUUCAACUGGAUUGCUUCUUCCAACCAUCUCCCCGACAGUUCAGCUCGAUUCGCCUAUAUGCCCCCCUACUGUACCAAUCACACCUCUUCCUGACACAGUUAGCUAUUUUCGUGCAAAGAGAAACCCUCUUUUGCGUACUCCCGCCGUCCGCGCGCCUUCUAAACAAUUGCCGAGGAUACCACCUGUCCCUAUCAUCGCGCCUCCCAGAUCUCCUAGCCCUUUCAUGAUAAAGUGUGAGGAAGAUUUGGCGGGCGAUCGGAUCAAGAUUCUUCUCACGAAAGAAAGAGCAGAGCGUGAAAGCGAUGGCCUGGGCCUUCCUCUAAUUCCUGAUGAUUGCUCCAACCGAAGCGAGAGUGAAAGUUCUGUUUCCGACGACGAAUACUGGGCCGACUCGCCUUCCGUCUCUGAAUCCGAAUCCGUGGCGAGUCAAAAGUCAGAUCCAUCUCUGGGCACAGAAAAGUCUCGAAAUCGCGAACAAUGGUCAAGGGCACUCGGACUCGACGAUUCCUUCCGCAAAGAAGUCGUCCUCCCGAACAUCCCUCCGAUGAGAAAUGACAGCGUCGACAUCGAUGACCUUUUUGACCAAUUGGACACCUGUCGAAACACAAGGUUUCACGCGGUUUAUCUCUUUUACAGAUAUUUCCUCCGUGUUGCAGAUAAGAAACUAAGUAUCAACCCGUCAACGAUUGCGUCGCCUGCCCAAUCUUCAAGAGGGUGUGACGACUCUUCGACGAAUAGCAGGGCAUCGAGUUCGGAAGAUAGCGAUGACGAAUCCACCGGCGAAGACUGGGACAACGAAUUAGAUGCUGCAUCUGAUGAUACAGUCGUAGUGAAAGGAGAACAGGACGGUCAGGAGGCGGUUAUAUGGGACACCGCUCUUGGAUCAUUAGCGUUGUGUGUCAAGUUUCAUCGUGACUUCUUGUGCCCACUUAGUCCCGUGUAUGCAUACGAAUUCUUGGAUUUAGCACGGCAUUCCAUGUCAUAUCAGGACCUCGAGGUUUCACAACGCGAUAUACUUGCCGCUUUCGAUUUCUGUAUCGGUAGCAUCACACCGCAAGGUCUCAUGGAUGAACUCUGGCUAGCUUUACCUACGCUACGGAAGGUUACAGAACCUGUGAAGGAUGGCUGGAAAUCGGUCCAAGCUGAAAUAUGGGAUAGGCUGUUUGACGCAUUAAUAGAACCUGACGUCCUACAGUUUCCUAUUUCGCUGCUAACUGCCUCUGCCGUGAUCGACGGUCUCAUCAUUGCCAUCGCUCGCUAUUACAAAGCUACAGCACGUAACUCUGGGUGUCGUUGCUCUCUGUCGUCAACUUGCACGCCAGAAAACACCACCAAGCAGGUUCCCUGGAAGGUGUAUGUAUCCAAGGCGAUGGAUACGGUGAAGGAUGUCGUUUUGGAUGUAACGGAUGUUCUCCAAAUACGUGACGACGAUUUGGAGCGCUGUAGAGCAUGGAUGAGCCAGGUCUAG